AGGAUGCAGUACUUGUGCUGGUGAACAUGUCAACCAUUUCAUUGUACCAGGAUCUACCUCCUUUCGAUUCGGAUCAUAUUAUUAUAGUCUCGGUCGUUUACAUACGCUUGCCUAUUUUAGAACGUAAUGAAAGCCCCGAACAGCCUGCGAAGUGAUUGGCGAGACGGAAAAAGUUUUCAUGCGGUUCCUCAGUUCGCGCAUCGCCCGCACGCUCGGUCAAUAUUCAAUGGUGAAACAGUCACCACCGAGGUUUCCGCACUGCGAACUUAGUUCUUUGUUACCUACUGCCUUGCUGUGAGUCAGGUGCAAAGUUGUAGUAAGAGACAUAGCCCAAUUGUAUCCCUCUGAGGCUUUAAAAAGCUGGAAAGAUGCUCGAGGGGAUUCAAAAACCAAAAACCACCCAGUCCUUCCAGUCAUAAAGCCUACAAUCCUUCUGAAUAUCCACAAUGGUCUUCCACACUCGUGUCGCACUCGCUGAAGACUACGACCUCUCCCAGUCUCAGAUUAAUGAGUACCAGAACAAUGUCUGUCCCGCACUUGCGCUGAACGGGGCUGUCUUUGCUGACCGAAAUCCUCUAGGGUCACAUCCUGCUAAGGAAUCUCUCAAAGCCGAAGAAGAAGACUUCCAGAAGGCAUUCCGCAUCACCCAAAACCUAUGGGAAAUUAACGACGUCGUGCGAGCACAUGUCUUGUCUAAGCGUUACGCAGGAAUCGCUGCGAAGUUCUUGGGAUGCCGUGACGUGCGGGUUUACCACGACCUCACCUUCUUCAAGGAGGGUCUUGGUAAGGGCAAGCCGACGCCGUGGCACCAGGACGGGCACUACUGGCCCCUUGACACGGAAAAGUGCAUAACCCUUUGGGUUCCGCUUCUCGAUUGCCCGGUAGACAUGGGUCCGAUGUCGUUCGUGUCGGGUUCACAUCUCAAUAAAGAUGCUGAACAUCUGCCGAUUUCCGAUGAGAGCGAUGAAUAUAUCAGAAAUUUGGUAGAGAAAGAAAACCUGUCUGUGGCCCCCGCGCAACAUAUGAAUGCAGGAGAUGCAACAUUCCACUCGUGCUGGACAUACCAUGCUGCAGCAUCCAACACGACAGAAAACAUUAGAAUUGCAUUCGCUAUCGCGUACUAUGACGCCGAUGCAACGAUUCCCCUGGAGCCACCAACCAAUGAGCGGCGUGCGGCGAACUUGGCAAGGUGGUUCCCUGGGGCCGUACCCGGUGGGCCUGCGGCCACUGAAAUAAACCCUGCUAUCCUUUCUCCCCGUGAUUGA